AUGGGCCAGCAACAGUCCUCAGAGAAAGGGUCGACUUCGAGAGCUGGCGGUGCUCCUCCAGCAGACAAAGACCGGAAGAUCUCCCGUAGAGUCUCGAUUCAGGCCCUGUCUCAAGGCCGGUCAACUCCUGUCGACCCUUCCGCGACAAAGGACACCGCCGUUGCGCAAACGACUUCCCAACAUCUGGAAAAGCCUGCCUUGCAGCAAUAUCUUCAAGCCUCAUCGCCAGAUCAACAUGCCAGAUCCGCCAAGGUGGAGAGGUCAUCCUCGAGAGCCUCACGCGAGAAGAGAAAUGAGUUGGAACAACGACCAAAACAUCAGCCGCCUGUGCCCGUGCCAAAGGCAUCAGGCCCAGUCGACGUGCCCAUGUCAAGAAGCAAGCAGGAUUCAGCUGAGGAAUCUGUCGAAGAACCCAACAACACCUACCAGGACCGACGAUAUACGCCGAUCGCUCAGUUGCGGCCUCCCCGCCUCCCUCUUCCUAUCGCAGAUGUACCUAUCCCGGAAUCGCCUGCUCUGUUGCCAGUCGAUCGAGGAAAUGCGGACGUCCCAAUCUUCGAGACGGACGAGCCUCUCUCCGCUAUCGAGCCUCAGACGACCAGGAAAAGUUCCAUGCUGAGUACCACCACGCAAUCUGAGGAAGAGGUGGGAGAGGAGCUGCAGCCAUUUGCCGUGGAUACUGCUACCGCUCAAACCGUUCCUACUGUCAUCGAAUGGAACCAUGGCGGAAACAAAGUCUACGUCACGGGCACUUUUGCCAAUUGGGAAAAGAAAUACAGGCUUCAUCCGAGAAAGAAUGGCCCUGGCAUGUUCACCACAAUCAACCUUCCAUCAGGGACACAUCAUCUCAAAUUCGUAGUAGACGGCGAGAUGGUCACAAGCCCAGAUCUUCCAACUGCGGUCGACUUCAACAACUUUCUAGUCAAUUAUAUCGAAAUUGCGACAGAAGACCUUACAAAGCCCAGGAGAGAGAGCACUCAGCAUGGCGGUAAAUCAACGGUUCUCGCCCUGUCCGAGCAUGAACAUGGUCGAUCUGGUGAUCAGACGCCUGAGGAUACUGGGUUGGUGGAGCCCCAAGCCGAAGAGAUCCCUUCCGGCGAUUUUCGACAGCUCGUCCCACAAGCUUUGGUUGAUGUUGAUCUUCCGGAAGACGACGUCCGGUAUCACAACGCAGUGCGAGUCAUUCAAGAAGCGCCAGCGCCACCAGCUCUACCUCUUUUCCUGAGCAGGUCGAUUCUGAACGGUCUCCUCCCAGUGAAGGACGAUAACAGCGUCCUAACACUGCCCAACCACACAGUUUUGAAUCAUCUCAUGACCAGCAGCGUUAAGAACGGGGUGCUGGCAACAAGUGUCACCACGCGGUACAAGAAAAAGUAUGUAACCACAAUAUCGUUCAAGCCAGUGCCCCAAUUCCAGGCAGCUCAAUAA